AAGCACGUUGCACUAAUGAGAAUGGAUGCUAGUCAGAAAAAUAUCCUUCAACUGAACAGGACUAAUAUUGUUAAAGAUUUGGAUCCUUCAAAUGUCUACGAUGGACUUUUGUCAAGGGGCAUCUUCACUGAAGACAUGAUAGAUGAGAUAAAGAGCGCCGGAACCAGACGUGACCAAGCCAGGCAGCUGGUAAAGGACCUACAGAUGAGAGGGAGUAGAGCAUUUCCUGCCUUUCUUGAGUGUCUUCGCGAAACUGGACAUCACACUUUGGUCAAUAUACUACAAAGUGAAGGUCCAGUUACUGUCCCAGCAUCCCUGCCUGUGCUACCUUCUGCCGUCCCUUUCCCAAUCUCACAUCCUAUAGAUGGUAAAAAGCCAGACAGAGGUGAUGGUCCUCAGAAGCUAGUGCCACUAAAACCAGCACUUCCUAUCCUAUCUCCUGAGGGUGAAAGUUUAGCACCCAGGCUGCCUAGGCCAAGGCGUGAGAGCAUCCAGUCUUAUAAGAUAGAAGCCAACCCAUGUGGGCUCUGUUUGAUCAUCAACAACGUGGAUUUUGACCCUGCCUCAGACCUGAAGAAUCGGGCUGGGUCUGACAUUGACUGUGACAAGCUGAAGAGGCGGUUCGAAUCUUUCAACUUUUGUGUUACUGUUCGGAGGAACUUGAAGUGUAAGGAAAUAAAACAUCAGUUGUCUGUGCUGGCCAGUACAGAUCACUCACUCCGGUAUGACUGCUGUGUGGUGGUCAUCUUGUCACAUGGCACUGAGUCAAACAACAAUCGCUUCCCUGGAGCAGUCCAUGGUGUGGAUGGUCGCUCUGUCCCCGUUCAGAUCAUGACUAACUACCUCAAUGGCAAGAACUGUCCCUCCCUGCAGAGCAAGCCCAAGCUCUUCUUCAUCCAGGCCUGCGGAGGAGGCGAGAAGGAUACUGGCUUCGAGGUGUCCCCGGAUGAGGUGCGGCCCAUGGCAGGUGGGAUGGAUGACCAGACGGACGCCAUUCCCACGUCCUCCAGCAGUGACUCGCUCAGCUUGUCUGAUGAGCCUGACGCCAGAGCCACUCUUCCCACACCCAGCGAUAUUCUAGUGUCCUAUUCCACCUUUCCAGGAUAUGUCUCCUGGAGGGACAGCAAUACAGGCUCCUGGUAUGUGGAGACGCUUGACUGCAUACUGGAGCAGAAUGCUGCCACUGAUGACCUCGUCACCAUGCUAAUGAUGGUCAACAAUGAAGUCUCUCAAAUAUCUGCUAAAGGCCUAUACAAGCAAAUGCCUGGGUCUUUCAACUUUCUCCGGAAGCUGUUUUACUUUCAGACCUCAAAGACAUGACUGAUGGAAACUGACAUGAUUCACAUUAAACAGAAUUGCUGUUAUUCUCACUUCAUGAGAUGACUGAUCCUGGAGAUCAGAAUCAACGUGCAGCACUGUCGACUUUAUUUAAUGCACCUUAAAACUAGUCACAUGGUAUUGGAACUCUAGAGAACUUUGUGCAACAAAAACCAGCAGCAAGACUCAUGCUUAUCACACUGUUUGUAAACCCAGAGCUAAUCUUUGGGAGACUUUUCUUCAUUUUCUAAUGUUUUGAUAAAAACUUCAAAAAAAAAAAACAAGCUUUGAGUGACACAGCUUACAUUAAUAAAUUCAAACGACUUGGGUCGAGAUGUAUGAAUUGUUAUGGUGUUAUGGGAGCUGUUGAGGGGGUGUUUGGUUUUCUCACGAUUUGCUCAUUAGCAGCAGAAAGCUGGCAUGGCCAGUGCUUGGCAUUUCUGCUUUCUAAGGACAUUGCUAAAAUUGUAUGAGUGUAAGUGUGAGAAGCAACUUCGCAAUUUUGUUUUGUAGCAAUAUGUGUGAAAUGAAAAACUUAGUUGAGCUAAGUACUGGUGAUUGCAUGGUCUCGUCCCAUGAACCUUGCAUCUCACUGAUGGUGCUAAGAGCUUCUUAGUCUCUGUGUGUGGAGUCUUUAUUACAAUUGCAUACAGAUGUAUUAAAUUAAAAGAAGACAGUCUUCAGACAGAAGUAGCAGUGGCUGGCUCUGGAACAUAGCAUGAUUUUGCCUGCAUGCAGUCAUUUAAAACCAAAUCUUAACUUCAUCUGCUUUGUUUCUCUCAGUGGCGCAGUUCACAUGUUUGAAUGUCAUGUAUAUUUCAUGUGCUCUAAAGAUUGAGAUGGAUGUAUGAUGACACUUCUGCAUUUUUUGUUCUGUCUGGGUGCUGUUGUUUCCUGUUCUUCGUCCACCCUAAUGAUAGCUGUUAGACAAUGCUUCAUUCAGACAGGCACUAUGUCUUUUAUUACGCAAGUGAUAUAUUUAUAGCUCAUUCUUUUGUAUGUACGCACAUAAGAGAAAACAUAAGAGCACAUAAGAGGGGCACAGAAAUAAAAGGUGAAAAAUUCAUUCACUAUCUUUCAUCAUGUCAUAAAAGUUACAGUAUUGCAUUCCA